UUUCUAAUCAGCCAAUCACAUGGCAGCAACUCAAUGCAUUUAGGCAUGUAGACUUGGUCAAGACGAUCUGCUGCAGUUCAAACCGAGCAUCAGAAUGGGGAAGAAAGGUGAUUUAAGUGACUUUGAACGUGGCAUGGUUGUUGCAAUGGCAAGAACCAAGCAGACAGCCCGUAAGUCCACCGGAGGCAAAGCCCCCAGGAAGCAGCUGGCCACCAAGGCUGCCCGUAAGAGCGCCCCGGCCACCGGUGGAGUCAAGAAGCCCCAUCGUUACAGGCCCGGUACCGUGGCUCUCAGAGAGAUCCGUCGUUACCAGAAAUCCACCGAGCUGCUGAUCCGCAAGCUGCCCUUCCAGCGUCUGGUCAGAGAAAUCGCUCAGGAUUUCAAGACCGAUCUGCGCUUCCAGAGCUCCGCUGUCAUGGCUCUGCAGGAGGCCAGCGAGGCUUACCUGGUCGGUCUGUUCGAGGACACCAACCUGUGCGCCAUCCACGCCAAGAGGGUCACCAUCAUGCCCAAAGACAUCCAGCUGGCCCGCCGCAUCCGUGGAGAGAGAGCUUAAAUUGUCUUCUCCUUUAUAAACCACAACGGCUCUUUUCAGAGCCACCUCACUCUC